AUGGCGGUCGCCGUCGAAGAAAACGUUGACCAGACCAGCAGAGAGCCGAAGUCGCCCUCGCCAGGAGACGUUGGGAGCCGUCCGAAGGUCCCUGCCGUUUCGGCCACCACCACCAUUAGCACCAUUGCCAUAAAAGCCGGAGACACGUCGAGGCUGGUGCUAGCAGUACUGAAGUGUGGUGACGUGACGGAGAUACGCGUCGACAAAAUGGAACCGUCUCUACUGGAUAUAGGUGAUGGUUACGACAUGGCGCUGCAGCGACAACAAGAGCACGUGAAUCUGAUGGAAAAGCUGGAGGAAGCACACCGAAUGAUCAUGCAGUUUGUCCUCCUGACAUUUGGUCGCAUAGGAAUGAUCGCAUCGAACUUCGCGGUGACCGUUACCCCUCCACUUAUCCAUAUCGAACGUCGAAACGGGAUUUUUGAGCCGAGGAAUAAAUAA